GUGUGCGCGCGCGCGCGCGCGCUUGUGUGUGUGUGUGUGUGUGUGUGUGUGUGUGUGUGUGUGUCCUUGUCCGAGGAGCCGAGAGAGUGAGGGGGAAUGAAGGGCCAAGGAGGCCUGGCUGGGGCUGGGCUGGGGGUGGAGGCGGGGAGAGGGGCGUCACGGCCUGAGCUGAGAGGGGAGUGGAGUUCUGGAGGAAUGUUUACCAGACACAGAGCCCAGAGGGACAGCGCCCAGAGCCCGGAUAGAGAGACACGACCUCACUGGCUCAGGACGGGGGGCACAGCCACCAGGGUCCCCUUCCCCCUCCUCAGCUCCCUCCCUGGCCCCUUUAAGACAGGGCUGAUCCUCUCCUCUCUUGAGUUAACCCCUGAUUGUCCAGGUGGCCCCUGGGCUCUGGCCCUGGUGGGCGGAGGCAAAGGGGGAGCCAGGGGCGGAGAAAGGGUUGCCCAAGUCUGGGAGUGAGAGAAGGAGGCAGGGGUGCCGAGAAGGCGGCUGCUGGGCAGAGCCGGUGGCAAGGGCCUCCCCUGCUGCUGUGCCAGGCAGGCAGUGCCAAAUCCGGGGAGCCUGGAGCUGGGGGGAGGGCCGGGGACAGCCCGGCCCUGCCCCCUCCCCUGCUGGGAGCCCAACAACUUCUGAGGAAAGUUUGGCACCCAUGGCGUGGCGGUGCCCCAGGAUGGGCAGGGUCCCACUGGCCUGGUGCUUGGCGCUGUGCGGCUGGGCAUGCAUGGCCCCCAGGGGCACGCAGGCUGAAGAAAGUCCCUUCGUGGGCAACCCAGGGAAUAUCACAGGUGCCCGGGGACUCACGGGCACCCUUCGGUGUCAGCUCCAGGUUCAGGGAGAGCCCCCCGAGGUACACUGGCUUCGGGACGGACAGAUCCUGGAGCUCGCGGACAGCACCCAGACCCAGGUGCCCCUGGGUGAGGAUGAACAGGAUGACUGGAUAGUGGUCAGCCAGCUCAGAAUCACCUCCCUGCAGCUUUCCGACACGGGACAGUACCAGUGUUUGGUGUUUCUGGGACAUCAGACCUUCGUGUCCCAGCCUGGCUACGUUGGGCUGGAGGGCUUGCCUUACUUCCUGGAGGAGCCUGAGGACAGGACUGUGGCCGCCAACACCCCCUUCAACCUGAGCUGCCAAGCCCAGGGACCCCCAGAGCCCGUGGACCUACUCUGGCUCCAGGAUGCUGUCCCCCUGGCCACAGCUCCAGGUUACGGCCCCCAGCGCAGCCUGCAUGUUCCAGGGCUGAACAAGACAUCCUCUUUCUCCUGCGAAGCCCAUAACGCCAAGGGGGUCACCACAUCCCGCACAGCCACCAUCACAGUGCUCCCCCAGCAGCCCCGUAACCUCCACCUGGUCUCCCGCCAACCCACGGAGCUGGAGGUGGCUUGGACUCCAGGCCUGAGCGGCAUCUACCCUCUGACACACUGCACCCUGCAGGCUGUGCUGUCAGACGAUGGGAUGGGCAUCCAGGCGGGAGAACCAGACCCCCCAGAGGAGCCCCUCACCUUGCAAGCAUCCGUGCCCCCCCAUCAGCUUCGGCUGGGCAGCCUCCAUCCUCACACCGCUUAUCACAUCCGCGUGGCAUGCACCAGCAGCCAGGGCUUCUCAUCCUGGACCCACUGGCUUCCUGUGGAGACGCCAGAGGGAGUGCCCCUGGGCCCCCCUGAGAACAUUAGUGCCACGCGGAAUGGGAGCCAGGCCUUCGUACAUUGGCAGGAGCCCCGGGCGCCCCUGCAGGGUACCCUGUUAGGGUACCGGCUGGCGUAUCAAGGCCAGGACACCCCAGAGGUGCUAAUGGACAUAGGGCUAAGGCAAGAGGUGACCCUGGAGCUGCAGGGGGACGGGUCUGUGUCCAAUCUGACAGUGUGCGUGGCAGCCUACACUGCUGCUGGGGAUGGACCCUGGAGCCUCCCAGUACCCCUGGAGGCCUGGCGCCCAGGGCAAGCACAGCCAGUCCACCAGCUGGUGAAGGAACCUUCAACUCCUGCCUUCUCGUGGCCCUGGUGGUAUGUACUGCUAGGAGCAGUCGUGGCCGCUGCCUGUGUCCUCAUCUUGGCUCUCUUCCUUGUCCACCGGCGAAAGAAGGAGACCCGUUAUGGAGAAGUGUUUGAACCAACAGUGGAAAGAGGUGAACUGGUAGUCAGGUACCGCGUGCGCAAGUCCUACAGUCGUCGGACCACUGAAGCUACCUUGAACAGCCUGGGCAUCAGUGAAGAGCUGAAGGAGAAGCUGCGGGAUGUGAUGGUGGACCGGCACAAGGUGGCCCUGGGGAAGACUCUGGGAGAGGGAGAGUUUGGAGCUGUGAUGGAAGGCCAGCUCAACCAGGACGACUCCAUCCUCAAGGUGGCUGUGAAGACGAUGAAGAUUGCCAUCUGCACGAGGUCAGAGCUGGAGGAUUUCCUGAGUGAAGCGGUCUGCAUGAAGGAAUUCGACCAUCCCAACGUCAUGAGGCUCAUCGGUGUCUGUUUCCAGGGUUCUGAAAGAGAGAGCUUCCCAGCACCUGUGGUCAUCUUACCUUUCAUGAAACAUGGAGACCUACACAGCUUCCUCCUCUAUUCCCGGCUCGGGGACCAGCCAGUGUAUCUGCCCACUCAGAUGCUGGUGAAGUUCAUGGCGGACAUCGCCAGUGGCAUGGAGUAUCUGAGUACCAAGAGAUUCAUACACCGGGACCUGGCGGCCAGGAACUGCAUGCUGAAUGAGAACAUGUCCGUGUGUGUGGCGGACUUCGGGCUCUCCAAGAAGAUCUACAAUGGGGACUACUACCGCCAGGGACGUAUCGCCAAGAUGCCAGUCAAGUGGAUUGCCAUUGAGAGUCUAGCUGACCGAGUCUACACCAGCAAGAGCGAUGUGUGGUCCUUCGGGGUGACAAUGUGGGAGAUUGCCACAAGAGGCCAAACCCCAUAUCCAGGCGUGGAGAACAGCGAGAUUUAUGACUAUCUGCGCCAGGGAAAUCGCCUGAAGCAGCCUGCAGACUGUCUGGAUGGACUGUAUGCCUUGAUGUCGCGGUGCUGGGAGCUAAAUCCCCAGGACCGGCCAAGUUUUACAGAGCUGCGGGAAGAUUUGGAGAACACACUGAAGGCCUUGCCUCCCGCCCAGGAGCCUGACGAAAUCCUCUAUGUCAACAUGGAUGAGGGUGGAGGUUAUCCUGAACCCCCUGGAGCUGCGGGAGGAGCUGACCCCCCAACCCAGCCAGACCCUAAGGAUUCCUGUAGCUGCCUCACUGCGGCUGAGGUCCAUCCUGCUGGACGCUAUGUCCUCUGCCCUUCCACAACCCCUAGCCCCCCUCAGCCUGCUGAUAGGGGCUCCCCAGCAGCCCCAGGGCAGGAGGAUGGUGCCUGAGACAACCCUCCACCUGGUACUCCCUCUCAGGAUCCAAGCUAGGCACUGCCACUGGGGGAAACUCCACCUUCCCACUUUCCCACCCCAGGCCUUAUCCCCACUUGCAGCCCUGUCUUCCUACCUAACCCACCUCCAUCCCAGACACGUCCCUCCCCUUCUCUGUGCAGUAGCAUCACCUUGAAAGCAGUAGCAUCACCAUCUGUAAAAGGAAGGGGUUGGAUUGCAAUAUCUGAAGUCCUCCCAGGUGUUAACAUUCCAAGACUCUAGAGUCUAAUGUUUAAAGAGUCUAGAUUCAAAGGUUCUAUGUUUCAAAGAUGCUGUGAGUCUUUGGUUCUAAGGACCUGAAAUUCCAAAGUCUCUAAUUCCAUUAAAGUGCUAAGGUUCUAAGGCCUA